UUUCCAAAUUAUAAGCUGUACAUUAUUUCUAUAAUUUUUUUUUUUUAUUCUAACAAAAUUUUUAUUUAUUGUCAUUUUAAUAACAGGACAAGGCGUAACAUAAGUGUAAUUUGGAUAUGGGUGAUCAAGCGAAGAAGCCGGUGAUUCGUCCGGUUGAGAAGACUGGCGAUCCCAUAAUCUCGCAGAUUGGCGACUUCAGGAUAUAUCAGUUCUUCUUCUGUAUGCUUGUGUUUUUAAGUAAAUUCGGAACAGGAUGGCACACGCUGGCACACAUUUUCCUUGCGGCUCCGACUCCACUCUCGUGUAAGACUGAAAACGUGACCGAUGCCUGCAGCAGUGACUGUGAUGAGAGGGAGUUCGAUACGAGUGUGUUCAAGACGACAAUUGUCACCGAAUGGGGUUUGGUCUGCGAAAAGAGAUUUCUGUCGAGUUUAUCGCAGUCUUUUGUCAUGAUGGGAAUUAUGUUUGGCAGCAUGUUCUUUGGAAUGAUAGCGGAUCGCUUUGGUCGGCGACCUGCUUUCUUGGGGUGUUGUUUUAUGCAGUUGAUAUGCGGACUGAUCGUGUGUUUGUCCCCAUAUUAUUGGUUUUAUGUAAUAUUUAGAUUUCUAACUGCCUUCGCCACAGGCGGAACAAUGUGCACCAGCUUUGUGCUGAUUAUGGAGAUCAUUGGACCAAAGAGACGUGAAUUAAUCGCCAUUUUAUACCAGAUUCCUUUCAAUGUGGGUCAUGCCUCAUUGGCAGUCUUUGCGUAUUUCAUUCGCGAAUGGAGAUGGUUCCAGUUCAGCGUCACAAUAUUCUCAGCAGUCUUCCUCAUCUACAUAUGCCUCAUACCUGAGUCACCAAGAUGGCUCUUUACCACAGGCAGAGUGGAUGAUUCCAUCAAGAUUUUGGAGAAGAUUGCCAAACGCAACAAGGCGCCAACGGAAACGAUUCGGCCCGAGAUCGAGGCUGCUUACAAGGUUUUGGCCGCUAGAACACCGGCGAAAAAGGGAACUUUAGUUGAUCUGUUUCGCACUCCCUACUUACGAUUGAAGACUAUCUGCAUGGCCAUCGUUUGGAUUGUGGUUUGCAUGGUAUACUACGGCACUGCUCAAUACAUUUCCAAUCUCGGCGGUGAUAUUUUCCUCAACAAUUUGAUUGCCGCUGGUCUGGGAAUUCCCGGAACUCUGCUGUGCGUGGUGAUGACCAAGUAUUUGGGACGCAAGAUCACAAUGAUGAUCACAAAUGCGAUCAGCGGUAUCGCUCUUUUGCUUCUGGUGUUUUUUAGUCUAGCGAGCGACAAGCUUCAAGUCAUUUGUGCAACAUUUGGUCUCUUUGGCGCUUCGAUAACAUUUCCGAAUGCAUAUCUUUGGGGUGGCGAGAUGUUCCCCACAGUUGUACGGUCCAAUGGCAUGGGACUUUGCUCUAUGUUGGGUCGUGUUGGCGGACUUUUGGCGCCACUGAUUUGUGAUCUAGCCCACAUUAAGCUGUGGAUAACGCCCCUAAUAUUCGGCAUCGUCUCUAUAAUAGCGGUAAUUGCGACAAUUUUCUUGCCAGAAACAAGAGGUCAUCCACUGCCUGAAACAUUGGAGGACGGCGAAGCAUUCGGACGUAAAGAGGCCUAAGUAAAGUGGAGAGAAGUCAAAGAGCACAGCAAAUACUGUUAAGCAGAUGGAAGAUCAGCUGUCAGUAGUGGAAAAGAUCUGCAAUAAGUACGCAAGGUAUAUUUUAAUUGGACAAGACAACAAUUGGCGCAAAUAAAAUUUAAUGUGAAUUCCGGUAUAAACAAUA